GGAUGCUCGGAGCGGCGGCUGCCCCGAGCGUCUCCCGGGCCGAGCUGCCCUCCAGCGCCCGGGCCCGCGGCGGCCGCACGGAGCCAGCGAGCGGGGGCGGCCAUGCAGGAGCCGCUGCUGGGGGCCGAGGGCCCGGACUAUGACACCUUCCCCGAGAAGGCGUCCCCGUCGCCGGGGGAGAGGACGCGGGGCGGGACCCCACAGAACAGGAGGGUGUUCCUGGCCACCUUUGCCGCGGUGCUGGGCAAUUUCAGCUUCGGGUACGCCCUGGUCUACACGUCCCCUGUCAUCCCGGCCCUGGAGCACUCCUUGGACCCGGACCUGAUCCUGACCAAAACCCAGGCAUCCUGGUUUGGGUCCAUAUUCACCUUGGGUGCAGCGGCUGGAGGCCUCAGCGCCAUGGUCCUCAACGACCUCCUGGGCCGGAAGCUCAGCAUCAUGUUCUCAGCUGUGCCGUCGGCAGCCGGCUACGCGCUCAUGGCAGGUGCCCGUGGCUUCUGGAUGCUGCUGCUGGGGAGGACGCUGACAGGCUUUGCUGGGGGCCUCACAGCUGCCUGCAUCCCGGUGUACGUGUCUGAGAUCGCUACCCCAGGUGUUCGUGGGGCUCUGGGGGCCACACCCCAGCUCAUGGCCGUGUUCGGAUCUCUGUCCCUCUAUGCCCUUGGUCUCCUGCUGCCGUGGCGCUGGCUGGCCGUGGCAGGGGAAGGGCCGGUGCUCGUCAUGGUCCUGCUGCUCAGCUUCAUGCCCAACUCCCCUCGCUUCCUGCUCUCACGGGGCAGGGACGCGGAGGCGCUGCGGGCGCUGGCCUGGCUCCGCGGGACCGACACGGACAUCCGCUGGGAGUUCGAGCAGAUCCAGGACAACGUCCGCAGACAGAGCACCCACAUGUCGUGGGCCGAGGCCCGGAGCCCCCACAUGUACCGACCCGUCCUCAUCGCCUUGCUCAUGCGCUUCCUGCAGCAGCUGAUGGGCGUCACUCCCAUCCUGGUCUAUCUGCAGCCCAUCUUCGAAAGCACCGCCGUCCUGCUGCCCCCAAAGGACGAUGCGGCCAUUGUGGGGGCCGUGAGGCUCUUCUCCGUGCUGAUCGCCGCCGUCACCAUGGACCUGGCUGGCCGCAAGGUUCUGCUGUUUGUCUCGGCCACCAUCAUGUUUGCAGCCAACCUGACGCUCGGGCUGUACGUCCACUUCGGUCCAAAGCCUCUGACUCCCAACAGCACUGUGGGCCUCGAGAGCAUGCCCUUGGGGGACACAGAGCCGCCCCUGGCCACCUCGUCCAGCUACCUCACCCUCGUGCCCCUGGUGGCCACCAUGCUGUUCAUCACUGGCUACGCCAUGGGCUGGGGACCCAUCACCUGGCUCCUCAUGUCGGAGAUCCUACCGCUGCAAGCCCGCGGCGUGGCCUCGGGGCUCUGCGUCCUCGUCAGUUGGCUCACCGCCUUUGCCCUCACCAAGUCCUUCCUGCUGGUGGUGAACGCUUUUGGCCUGCACGUGCCUUUCUUCUUCUUUGCCGCCGUCUGCGUGGCCAGCCUGGUGUUCACCGGCUGCUGCGUGCCUGAGACCAAGGGCCGGUCGCUGGAGCAGAUUGAGUCCUUCUUCCGCACCGGGAGGAGGUCCUUCCUGCACUAGGUCAGGGGCCCUGCCAUGGUGGGGGCAAACCACUGGGCGUCUGCACUGGCCACGAGCCUGCACACCAAGCUGGGGAGGCAGCAGCCGUCCGCCGCCGGACGGAGCACAGGAGGACCGGACAGAAGCGCGGCAGGCCCCCGCCGUGCAUGUUCUGGCUCUGGGCUGCAGCUCCCCUGUCCGGCCUGGGCCCCAACUCAGCAGCUGGCCAACUGCACGCCCAUCGGCCAAGACCCGCUGGCAAGGGAGGCGGCCAUGGGCCACAGGGCAGCGCACAGCCCAGGGACCAGGGACCAGGACAAGGCCCUGCUGGGUGACACGGGGCUGGGCUCCUUACUGCAGAGGACGCGGCCACGGAGGGCUGCACACAGGGACAGCGCCGUUUCGUUUGGAUCUGCUUAGUCAUCAUGGAGCAACUUGAUGCCAGCGAGGAAGAGAGACCCGCCGCUCUGAAAGCUUGUGGGCGCUGCAGGGGGCAUUCUGGACCCCCACAGGCCAGGGCCCAGGACCCAGCACUGACACUUCCUCCUGCCCCUACCCAAUCUCUGGAAACGGGGCUUAAGGGCUCCCGUCUGCAAACUGUGUCCUCCUGUUGUUGUCACAGUCAGGCUCUUGGCCUGGGGAGUGACAUGAUGGGGUCUCCUGCAAAUGGGGGAGCCCACCCAGCAGCCAGGCUCAGCUAGUCCCAAACCCUCAGCCACAGUCGCUAGGGCCUACCGGCCCAGGCAGGGCCCCCUCCGUGGGCCGCAGGACGGCUCUGUCCCACAGGCUCCAGCCCUCCCCAGCUGUGUGCCCUGGGCAAGCCAUGCUCCUCGGCUGAGAGGCUGUGAACAGGAGUGGGACAGGGCCAGCCACACGGAAGGUCAAUAAAACGGCAGUUACUCCCAGG